AUGGGUAAUCCAUUUGCAAUGCAGCAGCAGCCUCUUCAAAUUCAAUAUACAAUGCAGCAACCACAGCAGCAGCAGUCUUUCAUGUACCAACAACAGCAACAGCAGCGACCACAGCCAAUUGUGCAAAACAAUGUGUUUAGUAACCCUUUUGGAUUAACAGCGACAUCUUCAUCUACUAUCGCCACCACAGCGAAUGACACUACACCUAAUUUAUCGUUUAAUCAAGCCAGCAUGGUGCAACAACCAAUGCAACAACAGCAACAACAAGCUAAUUUCUCUAAUCCAUUUUCUCAAAUGACGCCAAUGACUAGUUCGCCUUACACUAUCAACAAUAAUACCUCUUACUUUAUGCCAACGUCUACUACCCAGCCUCAGCAGCAGUCGUUCUUCAAUCAACAGCAACCUCAACCACAGCAGCUAUUCAUGCAGCAGCAACAGCCUCAGCAACAAUACCAAUACCAACAGCAGCAGCAGACAAUGUACCCUUGGUCAUCUUCCGCUGGCACACCAAACACUUUGUUUUAA